AUGGUGAUAAUGGCAUAUCGUGUUUUAUUAGUCUUCAUUUUGGCAAUAAUAUGUGUAAGGACAGAGGAAGAAGCUGCUUCUCGAAUGUCGAAAUCAGAACGCCAGAGUUUAAGGGAGGAGGCACGAAAAAUGUUCUAUCAUGCAUACAACGCGUACAUGGAGAACGCAUAUCCUGCGGAUGAACUAAUGCCGCUAAGCUGCAAGGGACGGUGGAAGGGCAUAACGCCGAGUCGAGGUGACAUGGAUGACGCUCUCGGAAACUUCUCCCUAACAUUGGUGGACAGCUUAGAUACGUUGGCUGUGCUAGGAGAUUUCUCAGAGUUCAGUCGCGCCAUCAAGCUAGUCAUCAAAGAUGUCACUUUUGACCACGACAUUGUGGUUUCCGUGUUUGAGACUAAUAUUAGAAUGCUCGGGGGAUUGUUAUCAGCGCAUGUGUUAGCCACCAACUUAAAGAAUGAAGUGCCUGCCUUGCAGUGGUAUAAUGGAGAACUGCUUGCAAUGGCGGAGGAUUUGGGCAAGAGGCUUUUGCCUGCCUUCAAUACGUCUACUGGGAUACCACAUGGAAGAAUAAAUCUUCGCCAUGGUAUGCGAGGGAUGUCGGAGUCCCGAGAGACGUGUACGGCGUGUGCUGGUACAAUGAUCCUCGAAAUGGCAGCAUUGUCGAGAUUAACUGGCAACCCUGUCUACGAGCAAAAGGCACACAAAGCUAUGGACAGGCUGUGGAAGAUUAGGCAUAGGACCUCAGAUCUGAUGGGCACUGUCAUAAACAUACAUUCCGGUGACUGGGUUCGCAAGGAUGCAGGAGUCGGCGCUGGCAUCGACUCUUACUAUGAAUACUGCCUCAAGGCUUACAUCUUACUAGGGGACGAGAAAUACCUGGCCAGGUUCAACAGACAUUACAACGCCGUCAUGAAGUACAUCAGCAGAGGCCCGGUUAUGUUGGCUGUUCACAUGCACAGACCUCAUUUGCAAUCUCGGAACUUCAUGGAUGCUCUGCUAGCGUUCUGGCCCGGUCUUCAAGUGUUGCUCGGUGACGUCAGACCCGCCGUCGAGACACAUGAGAUGCUUUACCAAGUCAUGCAACGACAUACUUUCAUUCCAGAAGCUUUCACUUCUGACUUCCAGGUGCAUUGGGGUCAACAUCCGCUCAGGCCAGAGUUUUUAGAAUCCACUUAUUUCCUCCACCGAGCUACUGAAGACGACCAUUACCUUCAAGUAGGAAAGACAGUACUUAAAGCGUUGCAGCAGUACACCAGGGUGCCCUGUGGGUACGCGGCCGUUAACGAUGUAAGGACACGUAAUCACGAGGACAGAAUGGACUCCUUCGUGUUGGCUGAGACAUUCAAGUACCUCUACAUGCUCUUCGGCGAAGAUAAAGAUAUCCCUGUAAAGCUGGAAGACUACGUAUUAACUACUGAAGCUCACUUCCUACCACUGUCUCUGGCGACAGACGGUAAAAACACUUCACAAUUCACCUUAAAAAUUGAUGAUGAGGAUGACGACAAAUACAGAAAGACUUGUCCUAAUACGGCGUCGUUGGUAGCGGAGAAGGUGCGGCGUCCGAUGCGUCAGUUGCUUGGGUCGACGUCGGCGCGGCCUCCCGCCCGCCUGCGCCCCCUCAACGACCCGCGACAGAUACAUACGCUGUCCGACAUGGGAAUAUCAGUCCUGACACUCCCAGACGGCAGAGUACAGUUGCUCUACACCACAUCGACGGCCAAGUCUGCAAAGGACGCAGCGGAGGGCCUUACGUUUAUGCGUGAAAUGUCAAAGUGGAAUUCCAUGAGUGAUAUAGAGAAUGGCGUAGUGCCAGCAGGAGUGAAGGUCAAUGACAAGAUCUUCCCCGCCGGCCCGGGACAUUUCGGUAAAGAGAUCUCUGCCAAUAACCAAUACGUUAACUCUGUCGCUUUCGUCAUUCCACUAGAUGCCUGCUCACCCAUUGAAAACAAAAAAGAUGUCGAAGGCAAGUUCGGCAUAGCCAAACGUGGUCAAUGCACUUUCGCUCAAAAAGUACGUCACAUGCAAAAUGCUGGUGUUAAUUUGGCUAUAAUCAUCGAUAAUGUACCAGACUCAACACAUGAGAGUACUGCCUUGUUCGCGAUGUCCGGCGACGGGAAAGAUGACAUUGAAAUACCCGCCGUGUUUCUAUUCUCACAAGAAGGACGCUUCCUCACAGAUGCUUACCUGGAUAAACCAGAGAUGUCAGUCACCGUGGGUGAGUUGAAAGCGCUUAAAGCACAAUACGAAGAUUUAUGCGAGGAUGGCAAUUGUGAAACUGUAUUGGAAACUCCGAAUGUGUCAAAUGACAAGGAAUCAUUCGAACACCUUAAAAAAGUUCUGAGUCAGCUGGCGACGCAGUUCGAGUUGUCAUUAUCCAAUGAUGAUCAGAAAACUUGCAGCGAUGAAUCAAAGGAUGUUGUUUUGUCAAAGGACAAGUACGGUAAUGAAGACGGUAGCGUAGAGGGUCCUCCUAGUUGUUCGGCAAAGAGUGACACAAACAACUUGAAGCAAGCGAGCAAACCAGUUGAUAAGGAAAAUGCAGAAGAUGAAGAGAACAAGUCUGAUGAAAAGGCAGAGGACGGUUUUUGA